GCUUUGAUAACAUGCUAAAUUAUAUAAUCCAUCCAUAUAAAACACAAUGUUGUGAGUUGUGACCACCCACUCCCACUUCCACUUCUCUCUCACUCUCACUACCCACUCCCUCUCCUCUUUGGCCUUUUGCACAGAGCCCCUUCCUUUUCUCUUUUUCCCCUUCAUCCUCUUUCAUGUAAAAACCCACCUUACUACUUUCUUAUAACACCUCUCCUGAACCUCCCCUUUUUUAGGUUAAAGCAAAAACACACAGAAUUUUUUUUUUUUUUUUUUUUUUUUUUUAAAUUCUCUUCCCACAGCACUGUUUUUCCACUGCUUAGUUUAAAAGUAACAAAAAGUUUCCUUCAACUUCCAAGUGAUUUGCCUUAGCUUUUUUCUUUACUCUCUUUCUACUUUACCACUUUCUACUGUUUACCAUCUAGUAAAAAAAAUGAGAGUCGAACUGAAUAUCAGACUUUUAACGUUAACUUUCCUGUUAUGUAUGUGUAAAUGUUCUUUUGCCGGGUUACUUGCUGAACCGGCGGAGCCAUUAAAGCCAGGAGAUUACGGUUCUAAUACUGUUCCAGCUUUUCCGGUUCAAACCGAGUCACAAAUAUGCCGGUUAGAUUUAUCCGACGAACUCUUUGGUGGAGUCAGCGCAGCUUGCGGUCAAAACCUAGACCGAAGCCGAUGCUGUCCAGUGUUAGCCGCUUGGUUAUUCGCAGCUCACGCGCGUUCAGCUUUACAAAUUCCAUCAGCGGCUGCACCGGCUAGUUCUGAUUUACCAAUGAUGCCUGAUGACUCACAGAAAUGUGUUAACACGCUACAGAACUCUUUGCUUAGCCGUAAUAUUCAUUUACCGCAGCCGAAUGCAACGUGUGACGCCGUUUUGUGUUUUUGCGGUAUUCGGCUUCAUCAGAUUACGUCGCUUAGUUGUCCGGCGGCGUUUAAUCUUACUGGCGCGAAGAACGCUACUCCGACUGCUGCUGUUAGGAAUUUAGAGAGGAAUUGUCGGAACUCUUCUUAUGCUGGUUGUACUAGGUGUCUUGGUGCGCUGCAAAAGCUCAACGGUGAUGAAAAGAACCGUACCCACAAAAUGGAGGAAACGAGCGGGGUUGGGGAUAGAGUGAGGAAGAUGCUAAGCAGGGACUGUCAGUUGAUGGGAUUGACAUGGCUAUUAGCACGCAACAAGACGGCGUACAUACCCACGGUUUCUGCUGUAUUGCGCGCCAUUAUGUACAGUGCCCACCCACCACAUGAGUCCAAGUGUAGCCCUGAUCAAGAGAACAUGCCAUUAGCCGUUGAUUCGUUACAGUUUGAUAAAACUGAUUCAUCCUCACCCUUCCUUGCUGUUUCGACUUUUGCCAUUUUGUUUCCUUUUUUGCCCCUAAUCAUUCUACUACUGGAUUAUUAUUAUCUCUAGAAUCACUUGUUUUCUGAAAAGGAUCUUGUUUUGUUCAUGUGAUGUGAUUUUCGGGGAUUCACGUGAAAAGCUAGUUGACAAAAUUGGAACUUGGAAGGGGUGAAAAAGGGGUUAUUUCGUCUUCUUGCCCCACUGUAAAUUCAGGUCAUUAUUUGUAAGUUUUUGACAUCUAGUGCCAGAAAAUAGUAGUAGCACCCUUCUUUUGUGUGAA